UGCACCAGUCUAUCCUUUAUUUAUCAACCCAAUAUCAUCAUUGUUUUCCUCAUUUUACUCAAAUGGACGGAGAUGGAGAAUACGACUACGAUAUAUAUGAUGAAGAUAUUUACGCUGAUGAAGACCCGUACUAUGUGGAUGAAUACAAUUGGGAUCCAUACUCUACCGGAGAAGGAUCGAGUGUUCCCAUCCCCAAACCUCAAUCAAGGCAGCAACGGAGACUAGAUGUUGUAAGGCAACAGAGGAGAGUAGAUGCUGCACAAGCCAUUAUAAACAUCCACAAUGAUGCGUACAUGGUCAAGGAACCUUGUCGUACAUCCGCAUUGACUGGUGCGGAGUGGCUCGCUGAGUUGAACGUGGGUCACCCUAAGCGUAUGUAUCAAUCAUUUCGUAUGAGCAAAACCAAUUUUUUUGCACUUUGUGAGUUGCUGGAGAGCCGGUAUGGGUUGGAAGAGGGGGAACGAAUUUCGGUGCAGGAGCAGGUGGCUAUCUUUUUAUGGAUUGUGGGCCAACGAGCGAAUAAUAGAAAUGCCCAAGAGCGUUUUCAACAUUCGGGCGAGACGAUAUCUAGGCGUUUCCAUAAUGUACUACAUUCCCUUAAUGCCAUGGCUAUCGACUGGAUUAAACCUUGGCCAUGGCCUCGCGAAGAAGUGCAUUCGAAAAUACUAGGGAACAACAGAUACUAUCCACAUUUUGCGAAUUGCAUUGGAGCAAUUGAUGGAACUCACAUAAAGGCCCAUCCUGAACCAGAGCAGCUAUUGCGAUGGAUUGGUCGGAAGGGAUAUCCAACACAAAACAUAAUGGCGGCAUGCGAUUUUGAUAUGUGUUUCACUUUUGCAUUAACGGGAUGGGAGGGAAGUGCGCACGACACAAGGAUAUUCAAUGAUUGCUUAAGGAAUCCAGAUUUCAAUUUUCCGGCCCCACGAGGAGAUGAGUUUUAUUUGGUAGACGCCGGGUAUCCAAAUACUCGAGGUUUUCUAGCACCAUACAAAGGUUGUAUAUAUCAUACUCCCGAAUGGCGUAAUGGAGCUGUACCAAGGAAUGCAUAUGAAAAAUUUAACAAAAUACACUCAUCCCUUAGGUGCACCAUCGAAAGGACCUUUGGAGUAUGGAAAGCGCGUUGGCCCUUGGUAUGCGACAUUCCCGUUGGGUACACCAUGGAAACGCAAAGAGAUCUUGUAACUACAACAAUGGCCAUCCACAAUUUCAUAAGAAGGAGUAACAUGCCCGAUAUUCCUUUUGGCUUCUAUGAUCGGCGACCUAAUUUUUUGCCUUCAGAUGCAGGUGUGGAAACUACAGCACCUAAUGGUCAACAUGGACAUGUGAUCGUUGGAGAUGAUCAAGACAUGGAAAAUGUAAGGGCUUCAAUUCGGGAUUGGAUUGUCUCUAACCGUAUCCGUUAGAGGAGUUGUUCGGUGUCAUAGUAUAUGUUUG